AUGUGGAGCGAGAAGCUUUCUGCUGGCUCUGAUGAGUGGUACGGUAAGGCAGUGUCCUAUUGGGAGAAUCAGCCUUCUUCCGAUGACGGGGUCCUCCAAGGAUUUGAAGGGCUGUCGCCAACAGACGUGAUGGGCUCUCUCAAGUUCCUCGAUACGAUAGAGAGAAGAGUCCCCAAUCCUCCGAUGUUCCGCACUGUGGUGGACUGCGGCGCUGGAAUCGGGCGAGUCAGUCGGGAAGUCUUGACACAGCGAUUCCAAACGAUAGAUCUCGUCGAACCUUGUGCCAACCUCCUGGAUACGGCCAGAAAGACUCUCAGUCCUGCCGCCACUGCACCUUGUCAUGUGGAGAGGUUCUUGCAAAUGGGUGUUCAAGACUUCAACCCAGAGCUUGGUCGUUAUGAUAUGAUAUGGAACCAAUGGUGUCUCCUGUAUCUCACCGAUGAGGACCUCGUAGCAUAUCUCAAGCGUUGCAAGGCAGCCUUAGCUCCCAAGGGCGGCGUAGUAGUCGUGAAGGAGAAUGUGGUUAUUGAGGGUAAGUUCGUGGUCGAUAAAGACGACAACUCCAUCACUCGCACGGACUCCCAGUACAAGACGUUGUUCGCACGAGCAGGCUGA